AUGUACAGACGAUCAUUUUACUGUUACAACUACUGCCACUGCCACGGGCAUUGGCACUGCCGCUGCUGCUACCUAUAUAAGAUAACAAUUGUGUGCAAGAACAGCCAGACCAUGGGAGAGAGUUUCGUCCUGCUUGCUUCAUACUGGUUAACGACAUACUACAUCCCUGAUAACAGUGACGACGCUGAUGUGGUUGAGGCUCGCUCGCAGCGCUGCUGUCGUCGCGCGGAAAAGCCAUGGACGCUCGAGUUUCGCUCGUCCAAGGCUUUUGUUGUUGCUGUUGUGGCGAUUGCGUUUUUUGCUGUGAGUAUUGCCUACGAAUGUUUCUCUACUACAUGGUCUAGAUUCGCUGACAAGCUUCUCUUAGGAUGUCUUCAUAUACUGGAUGGUGAGACUCAUCGCGAAACGACCGGGUCAAAUAAGACACUGAAUUGGUUUAAUCCCCAGGUCGUCCCUCUUCUUCCUGCCAUCCUAAGAGAGCGAGCACAUUUGCCGGAUGACCAGCUCCAGAAAUGGAUGUCUAUCCUUCUUGCAGUCUUUGGCGGCGCCGUCCUGAUAGGUUCCCCAAUCCUGGGCUUUUUGGCCGACAAAGGUGCCUCGCGGAAGGUGCCGUUCGUCUUCGGCCUGCUCGCCGUCGCUGGAUCGACGGCCAUGUUCUGGACAGCGAGCUCUCCCGCCCCUCUGAUCGUCGCGCGCUUCCUACAAGGACUAUCGACUGCGACUGUAUGGAUAGCAGGCAACUCCCUCGUCAUCGACACCGUGGGAAAGGAUCAAGUUGGUGUCGCGAUGGGCUAUGUCUCGAUGGCACUGACAGUAGGGACUCUGGCAGGGCCGGCCCUUGGAGGGAUCUUAUUUGAUCGAGCCGGCUACGACGCAGUCUUCAUCGUGGCCAUGUCAGUCCUCGGCAUAGACAUCAUUCUUCGACUCUUGGUGAUGGGACCCAAGAGAGCCCCGAAGUGGACGGAAGAGCACAGCCAGGAAGAAUCCAACCAUUUCCUCGAGAACUGGGGAGAGAGGAAUUCUGAGGCUGCGGAGCCCGUCGAUAAGCUCUUGCGCAAAAAUCGCGUCUCCAUCCCGCCUAUUGUCAGGUUGGCCAUGUCAGGCCAGCUGCUCGUGGUCCUCGUGGCCAGCGCGGUCGAUGCUAUUCUCUACAACAUGUUUGAAACCGUUCUUCCCGUCUUCGUGAUCAAAACGUUCCACUGGGGUUCGCUGGGGAUAGGACUGUGCUUCCUGCCGCUAUCCCUGCCAUCCCUGUUGUCUCCUGUGGUCGGGUCCUUCGUCGACCGGCACGGCCCACGGAUAGCCGCCUUCCUGGGCUUCUCUUUCCUCGUGCCCGUGUUUCUCCUCCUUCGGCUGGUCACCGAUGAUUCGACGCGUUCCCGCGUUUUGUUUCUGGUCCUGCUGACCCUUGCUGGGUUUUCGUUCACCGCUCAGCUGGUGUCGCUCAUGGUCGCGGUGAGCGAGCCGGUCGAGCGGAAGGAGAAGGAAUACCCGGGCAUAUUCGGCGGGAGAGGCGCGAUGGCACAGGCUUAUGCGCUCCACAAUAUCGCCUGGGCCAGCGGUGAGGUGAUCGGGCCCGUGGUGUCCGGAGAAUUGGUGGAAGCGGCCGGGUGGACAGUGAUGGUAACGGUGCUGGCCACGAUCAGUGGCGCAACCGCUGUGCUGUUGGCCUGCACCAAUGAGGAGAUCUCGCGACGAGUAUGGAGAGGGAAAUGGACGGGCAACAGAUGA